UUCUAUGUCUAUUUAUGUUUUAUUUGCAAUAUUUUAGAAAUGGUGUUGAUUUCAUAAUUUUUUAAAUCUUGACUUCAUCCCUUUCUUAUCAUCUACUAUUCAUAUUAAUAAUAUCUUCAGAAAAUUGUCAAACGCUUCAUCUUUUCUAUGAUAUAUCAUAUAUACAUGUAUAUCAUUUUCGACACGAAAAAAGUAGAAAAUUAUUUUUUAAAAAACACAUGAAUUUUUUUUAUGUUAUCUUAUUUUUUAUUUUAUUUUUUAUUAUCCUUUAUUUAUAUUUUAUUCUUUUUAUUAUUACAUUUUUUUAAGCUGUUACAUUUUUAAGAAUUAUUAAUUAAAUCCUUAAUGCAUGUUGCACACGUAUUUUAAUUAACGUUUAAAUGUUUAGUAAUAAUAUCUAAGUAUGAUGUUAAAAAGAUAAUUAUGAGUUUAAUGAACUUUUAAAUCAUAUAAUGGAUAUUGCAAUCAAGAUGAAAAUUCAUAUUUAAUGUAUCGAAAAUAUUCAAAAGACAAAAAUCUUAAUGUUGGUUUUUAUUAAUAGUUUUUAAUAGUAGGUCAUUAACAGACGUAUAUAUAUUUAUAUAUAUAAAGAGUCAAUUUCUAUUAGAAGUCAUUUAAGUUAUAUUCGUGGAUAUAUACAUCAUGCAAAUAUCAAGCGCAUUCGUUCUUUUCGUCUUUCUCACGAUGGCAUUGUCAGGGACAUAUACCCUGGCACGGCCCAGCGAUCGUACUGUCGGCGAGAAACAUUUAAAAUCGUCUCCUGUGAUUACAAACAUUGCUAAAACUAUACACAAAAGAAGUAUAUCAAGACUCGUGGAUGACAAACUUAUGGAUACCACGUUUGAGAUCGGAUUAGCCAAAUUCGAGGCGGUCAAAACUAUCGAACUUGCCAUUUUGCGUAUGUUAUCCACUCAAAUCGACGCGUUAACCGCUCGGGUUCAAAAGAGCGACGUUCUUGAUUUAUUGAAUUCGCCCAUCACCAAAUUGAUAACUGAGGAAGUUUUGGGUUCGUUAUUAUUGGACAAGAACGACAAAAAUAUCUCACCUUUUAAUUCAGAACAACAAUCACUCGAUGAAGCUUGGUUACGUGAAAAUACGAAAAUCCCGCUGAUUCAUGAAAAUACAGAUGAAAAAUUACCGUCGAUGAAGCCAUCGUUCUUUGAAAAAGAAGAAGAAUCUUGGCCAGUGCCCAGUGAAGAAUUUUCUGUUUAAAAAUUUUAAAGGUAUAUAAUAUAUUUUGUCUUUAGGCGAUUAGUUCAAUAUCUGUCGAAGAUUAUAUUUUUUUGGAUUUCGUCAUACAAAAGUAAAUUUAACUUUGUUCACGAACUUUCUCUUUAUAUUAAACGAGAGAUGUUUAUUUUAUUUUAUCCUAUUGUUUAUUUAAGAAAAAGAGAGAGAGAGAAAAGACUUAUUCGUUUGAAGAGUAUUAAAAAUUAUUUAUAUAAAUAUAAAUUUUUUGUUUUAUUUUAAUUGAUAUAUCUAAUACUAUUAUAAUAUAUACAUAUAUAUUAUAUCGAAGUAUUAUAAUAUAAAAUUAUUGAAGUAUGUACCAAUUAUAAUACCAAUAACUAAUUAAUAUAAGUAAAGAAACACAUAUGUUCAAUUUGGAAAAUAAAAUAUUUUUAUUCAACUUAUCAAUUCAAAUUUCAUUAAAAUGUUAAUAUUUUUUUCUAUUUAAAUAUAAAUCGUAUUGAACAAAACUACCAUGUUUAUGAAUAAAGAAUUGUAUUUUUCUAAAAAGAUACAAAAAGUUAGAUACAGAAAACUUCAUUUAAAAACCAAUAAAAUAAAUAAUAAAAAAUAAUAGGACAAAGGAGUAAAAAAGUAAAAUCGAUCGAUCUCAAUUCUCAACAGUUUUGACUUUGUCUUGUUCUUUCAAUAAAUUUGGCGUUUCAUUCACAUUCAACAUUGUUUCGUUUUGCAUUGCGUUUUGCAAUUGGUUUGUCAAUUUCUCCUGCUCGUUUUUUCCGUAAUAAAGAUCUUCCAUAACGAAUGUCAUAGUCAUAAGAACUGAUACUCCAGCGAAAAUCACCCACAUAAUUAAUUCUAACGUAACCUAAAGAUGAUAUAUAGAAAAAUUUUAACAAUUUCGUUCCUUUGAAUCUCCAACGAAUCGAAGGAACAUAUAAUGUAUAUUUAUAAUCAAUUAAAAUUAUCUUAAGUUUCGAAAAUUGAAGAUUGAACGAAAGUGUCUAACUUCUACAACGGCUUUCAGAAUGAUCUUUAAACGAUCGUUAGCAGAAAUCCAUUGCCAGAUUAUGAAUGGUAAAAGAAUGAUUAAAAGUAUUGCGUCCAGAGCAUGCAACACGAUCAACGAUAAUGAAUAAAAAAUUGGCGAUUUUUUGUUAGAUUUUUGUCUGUAAAAUAAUAUAUAUAUAUAUAUGUUUUAUUAUCAGAUUUGUUAGCAUUUAUAUUUGUAUCAAUUUCAUAAUGAAAAAUGUACAUUUACGAUUAUUAAACAUACCUGUUCUCUAUAUUUUCUUUCUUUUUAUCUUCUUUUCUCACUUCGAUUACUUCGUUGCCGUUUUUAUUGUCUAUUUGACAUUUAUUGGUUAAUAGUGUAAUAGAUGUUUUUCUUGCACCAUGCAUGGUAAACAUGAUAUUCAGGUAAAUUAAGUGUAAAAAAAAUUUCUUAAAAGGCAACUGUUUUUUGGUAAAAUGCAAUCAAUAUGGAAAGAUUUCUGAUCGGUCCAUCUCAUUCUAAAUUUGUCAAAUUAGACAAAUUGGAUAUUAUAAAAUUGGUUGAAUAAGAAAGUUGCUUACCAUCAGAUGUUUUCAUUUAAUUUCUAUUCUAUACGGUGAAAAAAUAAUUCUUUAAAACCUGGUUUUUCUUUUUUUUUUUUUUUUAAUAUAAAAUUAAAUCGAAACAUCCGUUUUACGAAGGUAUACAUCAUAUAUCAUUCUCUUUAUAAGAGAAGUAUAUAAUAUUUCUCAAUAUAAAUCUUACGAUCCCAGAAACGAAUAUAGAAAAUAUAAAAUAGAAGAAGGAUAAUAAGAAAGAAGAAUAUUUUUUUUUUUCAUGCGUAAGAUACAAAAUAUCGAGUUUAAUUUAAGAUCACAAAGAUAAUCAUUCAUUAUUAUAAGCGCAUGCAUCCUAUUGCAAUAUAAUUAAAAUACUAUUUGGUAUUUCAAAAACUUAUCGUGCUUUCAAUCACCGAACGUACAUAGGCACUUAACAUCAUCCUCACCGCCAUCCUCCUCGAGAACCGCUUUCUUCUUUUAUGGCACAAAGUGACGCUGACUCAAUCGGUUAAUUAUUAUGAUAAUUAGUCGACUUCAAGGACUUGGGUGUACGUGCAAACACUUUCUCGGCCGAUUCCUCGUUUCAUUCAUCGUGAAACGUUCGAACCGUUUGCUUUAUCGCGACAACCGAUUUUGCAACCGAUGAAAAAACGAAGCGAACGAUAAGAGUCGAGCGGGAAACAGCGCUCAGAAAAUUGGCGCUCGUUUUUCACAAGGGAUUUUCACGCCAGCCGGAAAACCAUAAAUCUGAUUUUUUGCCCGAUGCUUCCUUCUGGCCAUCUGCUGCCUGUACACGAACAACGGCCUGAACACUUUG